AGAAAUUUGUUUUGUUUGGUCAUUUAUAAGUUGAAAUCUAAGUGAAUUGAUUUCCGUGUAGAAUUAUUUUCUGUGUAGUUAUCAAACACUCCACCAACUGCUUUGUAAUUAUGUUAAUUGAAUUUUUUUACCAGUGGUAUUAGUCAGCAGAACUUGAUAAAAAGGAAAACAGGUAUUUGUGUCUUGCUGUGCUGCUUUUUGAAAAGUAUCUAGGUGUAAUCAAUGACCUUGUAACAUGGCUUAAUGAUUACAUGUGGUACCAUAGUUUAUGCAUGGAUGAUAUCAGUGUUUUUUUCUUAUUUUUCUUAUUUAAACUUAGCGUUUUAACUAAAUGUAGGAAUAAUAUUUAACACACGGUUCUGAUAAACCUUCAUCUACCUUCGGAUAAGCUAUAUAACCGCAUCACUAGCAUUUUGCUGCACAUGGUAUAGUGAGUUUGUCUGCAACUACUAGCUCUGGGCACUGUAGUUUAAAUCCUGCUCACUACCGAACAUUGUGUCAAUGAUGCACAAAGUAGCUCUACAACUUAUUUUUCUUGUUAAAAUAAUUUUGAAUUUUUGUGUUUAAUGCAAUCCAGUUUUUAUGAGAAUAAAUCUAAAUGGAGCCAUUAGAUGUAAGAGUGGAAGAUGUAAUCAAGAAAUGGGAGAAGCAUUCUUUGCCCAUGCAACAGGACACAAGGGAUGAAUCUUGGUACAAAAUUGGAAGUAGUAGCAUACCUGUGGACUUUACAAUAAGGAAAAGAAGAAGAUACAAAUCUAAAUUUUCCAGUCAACAGAAUCCAUAUGUAGAUGUAACAUCACAAAUUCAAAGAAAAUUUCGGUUAAUACCCCCAACACUAAAGACAGAUAUUCAACAUUAUAAAAUCAAGCAGUGUAAACAGUGUAAGAAUUUGUUACAAUACACAUCUUUCAGUAAUGAAGUAAACUUACAGAGUGAAACAAGAGAACUUUAUCAAAAUUCAAACACAAGAAUUGUCAAAGGAAAUGAUUCUACUAUCACUAUUUAUCAAAAGUUAAAAAAGUCAUUUUUCAGAUUUGCGUUAUACCAUGUUCUUGGUCAACUGAAGAAAUUGUUUAGGUCGAUUUGUUUUCAAAGUCAUGACUACCUCUACUUACAGCAACUGGCGAAAGGUUCUUCAUCUUUAGUAUUUCUUCAUGAAUCAAAGAAUGCUUUUAAUACCAUUCUUACUUACACAUAUUUAGUAGCAAUGGAUAUGGAGGUAUCGUGCACCAUAUUAACAGAAAGUGAUGUUUCUUCAAUUUUACUAAAGUGUCUAAUGAAGAAAAUGGGAUUUAUGUUCAUUCCUACUAAGUUUGAUGAAGCCGCUAGUCAGUCCGCUACUCUGGAAUUGAUGAACUAUUUAAAUGUUAACAAAAAUAUUUGUAUUCCUACACAUUUUUAUCAAAAUGAAAACUCAGCUUCGAUACUCUAUAAUUUAUUUGAUGAUAUACGAAAUGACGAAUCUAGCAAUGCAGAGAUUUUGCAAAUAGCACUAUCAACAGAAACGGUGUAUGCUCCGUGUCCUAUCACUUUCUUCAAUUUUGUAUGGCAGCGUUAUCGACAUCAAAAACAUGGUUUAGUGCAGCUUAAUGUUUCCAAAGCUGUUAAUAUCAAGUCACUGUUAAAACUUGCAGCUAGUAUAAAUAAUCAAGUGUCGUGUGAUGAAGAAAAUGCCAUAAUAUCAAGACAUUUAAAUUUUGAUUUUCUACAGACUGGUGUGAUACUUCCAUCAAAUAUGUUAGCAUAUCUAUUGCUGGUGAAAUUUCGUACACCAACUCAUUUCGAUGAUCUGGUGAUCUCAAUGCAAGUAUUAUGGGAAGAGAUUAAGGGAAUGGAAAAAUUUACAGGUUUUACAGGUGAUAUCAGAGUGAUUACAAAGCACGCGAUUGAUAUGCUCUCUACGCAACAGUUAAUUACAGUCGAAGACAAUUUGAUCAACCCUUCUCUUCAUGUACUAUCCACAGCAAAUAAACUUGACCAGGUUGCAAUGAAGGUUAAACAAUUAUUGCUGCCACGAUGCAUUGUGGCUUCAUCCAUCGUUGCUUGUCUUGGUGGUGUAAAUAAAAUGAAGCAAGGAAAUGGAGAAGCUUUACAAUGUGAAAGUUCGCAGGUGCUAAAAGCUGCAGAGUUUAUUUCUGAGAUGUUGGCCUAUAUGUUGGAUUACUCUUGUUCUUUCAACUUGAUAACAGAAGAUCUCGUGGACAUCAUGGAAACAUUUGUGACAAUGAAUGUAUUAAAUAAGAAUGAACAAUCUUACGACGAUGUAGCACACCAAAAAUUAGUUCAAAGUUUUGCUUACAAUUCCGGUUGGAAUAAUGAUAACGAUGAUGAUGAUGAUGAUGACGUAUGGGGUGGUGCUAGUGUUGAUAAAGGACAGGAAUACUCGGUUACGCUUAACAAAGAAACCACGGAAAUUCUUUUGAGUCAUCGCGCAUGUGUUCUUCCCUUCGUUGACAUUUGUUUCGUUGUUCUUGCUACUAUCAACGAGAUGCCCAUAGGGAAGCUUUUCUCUGUGGCUGAUUUGUACGAACAAGUUGAGAACCAGUUUGGUAAUGGAUGUUUUCUAUACGCUGAAAUGUUAACAUUGGAAACGAUUAACAGAUUUUGUGAUUAUUUGUUCGAGAAAGAAGUCAUAGAUGACGAAGGAGAAUUUUAUCAGCUGUCUGAAAUGUUCGCAAACUCUAGCGAUAAAUUGGUACAGCUUUUGUACGAAAUAACCCAAUUCCGUUAGGAACAUUGCUACAAGAUAGAAACUGAAAAUUAUACACUUUAGGAAAAUAAUUUUUUACUUGAAUAUGCUGCAAAUCGGGGACAUAAAUCCUCUGAAAUACGUUACCUUGAUGAUAUUAAAGGGGGAGUAAUUUAUUUUGAUAUUUUAUUUUGUAUAGAUUUGUAUCGAUAAAAAGUUUGACCUCUUUGAAAUUAAAAAAUAGCUGUUUCGUGCACGGUUUAUGACGUCAAUUUAUUCAAGGUUCCGUCCGAAUAAACGCAAAUACAGUA